AUGACAACUGAAUACGAACGUAAAUUAAUUGAUAUGCGAUCACAAAUGCAAGAAAAUAAUGCAUAUUUAGACGAUUAUAUGAAAGAUUUAAAUUCUUGGACAGAUGAUAUGAAAAAGAAAGAAGAAACUGUAAAAAAAUCUACAAAUUCUAAUUCAACACCAGCAGAUCUUCCACCAAUACGAAAUUUUGUUGAACCACCAAGACCAAAAAAAAAAUCUCAAAAUAAAACGAAACCAAAAACUUCGUCAUCUAUACGUUCAUUUGAUUAUAAUGCAUGGAGUAAAUUUGAUGUUGAUGCUGAAUGUGAACGAAUUGAUAAUGAACAAAAAGUAGAGAAUGAUGGUGGCGACGAAGAAGAAGAAGAUGAUGAUGAAGAUGAAGAUGAUGAACAAUGGCAAGAAGAAGUAUUAAAAAAGAAAGCUGAACAUUAUAAAGAUUGGGGUAAUCAUUAUUUUAAACAAAAAUCUUAUGCUCAAGCUAUUGAAAAUUAUACAAAAGCAAUUGAAUGCAAUCCAACAUCUCAUAUCUAUUUUGCUAAUCGUGCUCAAUGCCAAUUAUUUGAAGAGCGUUAUGGUGCUUGUGAAGCUGAUUGUACAUUAGCUAUACAACUUGAUAAAAAUUAUAUAAAAGCUUAUUAUAGACGAGCAUUAGCACGUAUUGGACUGGGAAAAAUUGAUCAAGCAAGAGAAGAUUUAGAAUAUGUUAUUUCACGUGAACCAUCUAAUACCGAUGCAAAAAAUAAAUUAGCUGAAGUUAAUAAAAAUGAUGAAAUUAAACGAUUAGGAAGAAUAUAUCCAUUACAAGAUAAACCUAUUGAUAAACGAUCAACUAAACCUUUAAAAAGAAUUGAAAUACAAGAAAUUGAUACAUCAAUUAUUUCAAAUAGUACAAUUACAAAGAAGAAAAAUAUUAUUAUUGAAGAAAUUGAAACAACAGAAGUUCCAACUCCUUCUGAACCUAUACCACCACCACCACCAUCACAACCUCUUCCACCUCCUUCUGCUCCUUCUACACAAUCUCAAAAACCAUCACCUAAAUCAAUUCCUAUUCCAACAGCAAUUCCAACAACAGGUUUUCAAUUUAAACGUGACUGGGCAAAUCUAAAUAAUCAACUUGACAAGCAAUCAAUUUACUUCAAUCAAAUUCCUCCAACAACAUAUAAAACAAUCUUUUCUACUGGUCUUGAUUCAUCUGUAUUUUCACGAAUUUUACUAUUAUGGUCAAUGAAAACAAAUAUUGAUGAACAUUUAAUUAAUUCCAUGUAUGAAAUACGUCAAACACCGAGAUUUAAUACACAAUUAAGUUUUCUCAAUAAUGACGAUAAACAAUUAUUAAAAACCACUUUAGAUCGAUUACAAAUCGAUUCUUCAUUAUCAAAAGAAAAAAUUCAAAAAAUUUUAAAUGAUUAUAAAAUUGAUUGA